AUGGGGAAGCUUAGCGUUGUACAGAAAUACUGUAAACCAAAGGUGAUCUGGUCUGGGAAAUCUGAAAAGUACACAAAGAUUCUAUCUUUUGAUUCAUUGGAGCAAAACCCUGAUGCUAGGUAUUUGCAUAUAUGUGCAAAUGAGACUAUUCAUGGUGUUGAGUUUAAGGAUUACCCAACACCCAAAAAUGCAAGUGGCAUUUUGGUUGCUGAUAUGUCUUCAAAUUUUUGUUCCAAGCCUGUUAAUGUGUCCAAAUUUGGGGUGAUCUAUGCUAGGGCCCAGAAGAAUGUGGGGCCCUCUGGAAAUGAGACUCAUGUGAUGCUUGAUUUCAAGAUACAUGAUGAGAACAAUUCACUUUACAAUACCCCUCCUUGCUAUUGUAUUUACAUGUGUGGUUUGGUGUUUGAGGACCUUUUGGAACAAGGUGGUUUGAAAGAGGUUGAGAAGAAGAACAAGAAGAAAGCUGAGAUUCUCUACAAUGCCAUUGAUGAAAGCAAUGGCUUUUUUAGAUGCCCGGUUGAGAAGUCAGUGAGGUCUUUGAUGAAUGUGCCAUUUACUUUGGUGAAACCAGAAUUGGGGGCUGAGUUCAUUAAGGAGGCUGCUAAGGAAAAGAUGGUUCAGCUUAAGGGACAUAGGUCGGUGGGAGAUAUGAGAGCUUCCAUUUACAAUGCUAUGCCUUUGGGUGGGGUUGAGAAGUUGGUGGCUCUCAUGAAGGAUUUCCAGGCCAAGCAUGCUUAG